AUGUCUCCAGAGGUAGCUUCCUCCUCCUCACUCCUCUCAGUCCUCAUCACUCCUCCUCACUCCUCUCAGUCCUCAUCACUCCUCCUCACUCCUCUCAGUCCUCAUCACUCCUCCUCAGUCCUCUUCAAUCCUCUCAGUCCUCCUCACUCCUCUCAGUCCUCAUCACUCCUCCUCACUCCUCUCAGUCCUCAUCACUCCUCCUCACUCCUCUCAGUCCUCAUCACUCCUCCUCAGUCCUCUUCAAUCCUCUCAGUCCUCCUCACUCCUCCCGGUCCUCUCACUCCUCCUCAGUCCUCCCGCUCCUCCUGUCCUCUCUAUGUCAUCCUUCUCCUCCUCACUCCUCCUCACUCCUCUUGCUCCUCCAAGUUGCAUAAACACGAGUCUCCGUUACCUUCCACCACGCCGCACAGAAAUCCCGUGUGCGCGUCCAUGUCGGGCCGUGUGCACGCCUCGGUCCUCUCCUCGGUCCUCUCCUCGAUCCGCUCCUCUGUCUUCUCCUCGGUCCGCUCCUCUGUCUUCUCCUCGGUCCGCCCCUCUGUCUUCUCCUCGGUCCGCUCCUCUGUCUGCCGUGGAGGCUGUCAGUGGAGGCUGUGGUCGGGCAUGUUGUGGUGGAUGCUCGGGUGUCUCUCUCUGGCUCUGGCUCCGGCGCACAGCCCGCACCUUUCUUGUGCAGGAGCGGAGGCACGAAGAGGAGGUCCGGGGCACGUGGAGGGACCAGUGAUGUCGUCCCGUGUGCUGAUGUCCCAUGUCCAGUUCCAGUGUCCUCUCUGUCGGGACGUCCUCUCAGAGCCUGUGUCUAUACCAUGUGGACACAGCUUCUGCUUUCGCUGCAUCACGUCUCACUGGGACCAGGCCCAGUAUGUCUCCCGUCCCAGAGGACAAGCCCAGGGCGUCUCCUGUCCCAGGUGCCACUCCCAGUUCUCUCAGCGUCCUCAGCUCUGUGAGAACAACUUCCUCAGAGACAUGUCCAACAAGAUCAAAGCCUCCAGCAGUAGCCUCCUGCAGGAGGAGCAGAAGGAGCAGGAGAUCAGCUGUGACGUGUGCAUAGAGGGACACACACAGGCGGUGAGGUCCUGCCUGGUGUGCCUGGCCUCCUUCUGCGGGCCUCACCUGGAGCCUCACUGUCGGGUCCCCACUCUCAGGGCGCACUCCCUGGUGCCUCCUGUGGGGGCGCUAGAGAGCCGUCUGUGCAAACGCCACCAGCGCCUCCUGGAGCUGUUCUGCCGGAGGGAGGAGGAGUGUGUGUGUGUGCUCUGUGCUGAGGCAGGCCAUCAGGGGCACCUCCUGGUACCUGUGGAGAGGAGAGCGGAAGAGGUGAAGGAGCAGGUGGAGCUCAGAGAGGAGGAGGUGCAGCUGAGGAUCCAGGAGAAACUGAGGAGAAAGGAGGAGGUGUCAUACAACAUCAUACAGAGCAGAGAGCAGAGCAGGCAGGACUUGCAGGAGGCGCGGCAGGUGUUCUCCUCUCUUGUGGCUCAGGUGAAGGAGGUGGGGCAGGAGGUGGAGGAGGAGAUCCAGAGAGCUCAGGAGGAGGCGGAGCUCAGGGCUCAGAAACAGAUCUCUGAGCUCCAGCAGGAGGUCAGGGAGCUACGGAGGAGGAGGCAGGAGCUGGAGCUGCUGCGACAGUCACAGGACCAUCUGCAGCUGGUGCAGGCCUUCUCCAGCCUCAGCCCUCUGGCGCCCCCUCUUGGUCGGUCUGUGCCAGUUCAUGCUGACCCCUCCCUGGGCGCCGUGCGGAGCGCAGUGGAGCGAGUAGAGGAGGAGCUGCAGGAGAUCCUCCAGGUGCUGUGUGCGCGGGAGAUCCAAAGGAUGCAGAAGUUUUCAGUGGACGUGAGGCUGGACCCCCGCACAGCGAACCCGUGGCUGCGUCUGUCUGAGGACCGCAGAGCUGUGUGGGACGGGGACCAGGAGCAGUACCAGGAGCAGGACCAGGACCAGGAGGAGACCCCUGAGCGCUUCGACACGGCCCCAUGUGUCCUGGGAGACAAGGCCUUCUCCAGCGGGAGGCAGUACUGGGAGGUGGAGGUUGGUGGUAAGACCGCGUGGGACGUAGGCGUGGCUUGUGCCUCCGUGGUCAGAAAGGGCGUGGUCACUCUGAGUCCCGCUGACGGCUUCUGGACGCUGUGUCUGCGAGAGGGAGGGCAGUACAGAGCGUGUGCGGGAGAGGCCCAGCUCCUCCCCCUUCUUCCCCCCUUCCCCCGUGUGGUGGCCGUGUUCCUAGACCACGAGGGGGGGCGAGUCUCCUUCUACGACCCUGAGGUCAGAGGUCACCUGUACUCCUACACAGGGUUCAGCUUCACCCAGGACCUGCUGCCCUUCUUCAACCCAGAGACCAGCACCAGCGGGGGCCACAACACUGCUCCUCUGGUCCUACGGGGGGAGGACCAGUUGGACUUGGACAACGUCCUCAUAUGA